CCCAGAAAAACCCCUUGUGGGUUCUUUUCUCUAUCAGCUUGUUAUGCUGACAGUAUAGUGGAUAACGUUCCACGAACCCAAAAUACAUCUAUGAAACUAUUCCCUUUACUGAAAUUCCACUAAAAUUUUCAGCUCAUUCCCAACACAGCGCUGUAAAAAUGGUUUCUUCAACCAUUCUAAUUCAACAACCAACUAACUUGUUCCACCAGCCAGAGUUUCAGCAUCAGUUGUGGAGACAUGGAUGUGCUGCACCAUUGCAAAAGCAACCCAUUAUUGUAUGUAGUAGUAACAAGGGAAGAAGCAGACCCUUUAGAGUUAGUGCAAGUGCUAAUGGUGCUGCUACUGUUUCCACUCUAGAGGGUUAUGAUUCUUCUCCAACUCCUUCUGCAUUUCCUCUUUUUACACCCCCUUCUCAACCCCAAGAUACUCCUGCUUCUCAGCUGGAACUGGCAGAUCCUGAUUUCUAUAAAAUAGGAUAUGUUAGAAGUUUUCGAGCCUACGGAAUUGAAUUCAGGGAGGGACCGGAUGGGUAUGGAGUGUUUGCUUCCAGAGACGUGGAGCCUCUCCGUCGAGCUAGGGUAAUAAUGGAAAUUCCUCUAGAACUGAUGUUAACCAUAAGCAAAAAGCUUCCUUGGAUGUUUUUUCCAGAUAUCAUACCUGUGGGACAUCCAAUAUUCGACAUUAUCAAUUCAACUAAUCCUGAGACAGAUUCUGAUCUGAGGUUGGCAUGCCUUCUUUUAUAUGCUUUUGAUUGCAAGGACAAUUUUUGGCAGCUUUAUGGAGACUUCUUACCUAGUGAUGAUGAAUGCACUAGCUUCCUUCUAGCUACUGAGGAGGACCUUUUGGAGUUGCAAGACGAGAAGCUUGCUUCAACCAUGAGAGAACAGCAACAUCGGGCACUUGAGUUUUGGGAGAAAAAUUGGCAUUCUGCAGUACCCCUCAAAAUAAAGCGUCUUGCUCGGGAUCCCGAGAGAUUUAUUUGGGCAAUGAGUAUAGCACAAUCUCGAUGCAUCAACUUGCAAAUGAGAAUUGGUGCACUGGUUCAAGAUGCAAAUUUGUUGGUACCUUAUGCUGAUAUGAUGAAUCAUUCUUUCCAGCCAAACUGCUUUUUCCAUUGGCGCUUCAAGGACCGCAUGCUGGAGGUGAUGAUAAAUGCAGGACAAAGAAUUAGAAAAGGAGAUGAGAUGACUGUUGAUUACAUGGCUGGACAGAAGAAUAACUUUUUCAUGCAGAGAUAUGGUUUUUCAUCGCCUGUGAAUCCUUGGGAUGUCAUUCAUUUCACUGGAGAUGCCAAAAUUCAUCUCGACACCUUCUUAUCUGUCUUUAACAUAUCUGGCCUCCCUGGAGAAUAUUACCACAACACAGGUAGGCUAUCGAAUGAUGGGGAUAGUUUUGUCGAUGGAGCAAUCAUAGCAGCAGCAAGAACGUUGCCUACUUGGUCAGAUGGAGAUCUCCCUCCAAUUCCAAGUUUAGAGAGGAAAGCAGUAAAGGAACUGCAGGAAGAAUGCCACCAGAUGCUUGCAGAAUUCCCCACAACUUCUGAUGAAGACCAGAAAAUCCUAGAUUCUAUGCUCGACUGCAGGAGAACACUUGAAGCAGCAAUAAAGUAUAGGUUACAUAGGAAAUUACUGAUAGAGAAGGUUAUACAAGCAUUGGACAUUUACCAAGAUCGUAUUCUGUUCUAGACACGGAUAACAGCAGGAUAUGAAGUCAUCUUUGCCAGAAAUCACAUAGCCAUAGCAGACGGCGUUUAAAGAAUAUGCUCCCAUUGCAGCUAUCCUGAAGCUUAAUCUAUCACACUUGCUUUCGCAGCUCAUACUUAAGAACAUUUUGAGGGCUUGGGUUGGGGUCCUUGAAAGCAGUUAGUAAGGGUGUAUAGGUGGAAAAAGCCUUUGCACCAACAAUUUGAUAUUAGCUGGUAGGCCCUAUUUUGGAAGGCAAAGAUGGAAAGUGAAGAAAAAUGAAAGGUUCUUUGUAGAAAUGAUGCUGAAAAUGAAUGAUAGCGUUGCUGAAUAAAUUUGAUGUGUUUAACAAGAGUUUUGCACUUCCAGUUAUUGAGGAAAAAA